AUGCGGCCUCAGAUCAGAUGACACGAUCACAAAAUCGAUCAUUGAUCUUCGGCCUAGCCCUGUAGCACCCCUUGUUGUAAAAUUACAACGUUACCUUUAACCAUCCUAAAAAACAAUCUGGCUUUUUUUUUCUUGUUUUUUUACCACAUUUACAUAGUCAUUGGGUCCUAUUGUUCAGUCUCACAAUGUUAUUGGAUCGUACAUUUGUUUAUAAGUCACGCCUUCUGGCCAUGAACUCACACAACCUCUCAAGGUUUCCUUCGAACAACAUCUAUUGGUUUCAUUGGACUGGAUUCAUCAGAUGCAUAAUGCCACCAGCAAGGAGAGAGCCGCGAUACACGGUGCAGGAUGUUAUUGACCUGGUCCAAAAUGGAGAGAGUGAGGUUGAGAUUGAAAUCAGUGACACAGAUGAGAGUGAUGAAGACUCAGAUAAAGAUGUCUGUAAAGAAGUGGACAAAGAAAACCAACCACCCAUGGUCUGUCCAGCUGAUAAUUACGUGGACAUCGAGCCAAAAACAAGGAAACACACCAUGCCCCGUGACAGGUAUCGCUGGCUGAAAAAAGAUUUCAUCAGUCCCAACACAGAUUUUUCUGGUCUGGAUAUCACAGCAGAUGACAUUUCCCUCCACACACCAUUGGAAUACUUCCAGAAGUUUGUGUCCGAAGACAUGAUUGAGGCUCUGACACAAAACAUGAAUGAGUACAGCUUUCAGGUGCAUGGAACAUCUGUAAACACCACUGCAAAGGAAAUUGAAAAAAUGCUUGGCAUGUACCUGAAGAUGGGCCUGGUACAAAUGGCUGGAACCCGUAUGUAUUGAGAGACAGAGACGCGGUACUCCCCUGUUGCUGAUGUGAUGCCAACCCUAACCCUAACCCUAACCCUUCCAGAAGGUCAGAACUACAAACUGUAUGCAGACAACUACUUCACCUGUGUUCCAUUAUUAGUGAAGCUCCUUGAUCGGAGAAUUCAUUACGUGGGAACAGCCAGGCAGGUGCGCCUACCCAACUGUAACCUUGAAGACGAGAAGAGCUUGAAGAAAAAGGGGAGAGGAAGCUAUGACGUCAGAGUGGAGGGGAAUCACAACAUCUGUGCUGUCAAAUGGUAUGACAGCAGGGCCGUCACACUUGUGUCAUCCUUUGCUGGACCUGAACCUGUGCAGAAGAUUCAACGCUGGGACAAAGCCAACAAAACCUUCAUUGAAGUUGAGAGGCCUUACAUUGUUGGUGCCUACAACAAGUACAUGGGAGGUGUGGAUUUGUUGGACUCAUUUACAGCCAAAUAUAAGUUCCCCAUCAAAUCCCGUCGCUGGUACAUGUACAUCUUCUGGCACACCAUCAUCCUCGCUGUGAUCAAUGCCUGGCUGCUCUACAAGCGGGACUGUAAAGCGCUCAAGGUGUCUAGCAAAGAGACAAUGAACAGGAGACAGUUUCAGGCACAGCUAGCAUCCUCUCUUAUCCAGGUAAACGCAACACUUCAAACUCCAAAGAGAGGACGGCCAUCUUCAGGCAAAGGGAGCCCAGCAAGGACCUAGUUGGUCAUUUCCCAAGGAAGACAGGGAGAGGACGCUGCAGACAGUGCAAUAAAGGAUACACCAACACGCAAUGCAGAAAGUGUGAUGUUCGCCUUUGCUUUUUAGACAACAGGGACUGUUUUUGGGACUUUCACCACCAAUGAAAGUCUUCAUGACCAAUGUCAUAAAAAGAAAAAAAGAGGGAAAAA